AUGGGUUCAAAAGUUCCCUAUCAAUGCGUAGGUUUCAAGCAAUUAAUCUUAGAAGCACUUCUUGAAGCGCCCGAAAAGAUGCUCCCUUUGAAAGAGUUAUAUGCCGUUUUGGAGAAAAAGGAACCUUCUUUAUGUGAAAGAAAGAGUGAUUGGAAGGGUACCGUUCGUCACAUCUUGAGUGCCAUGCCAAACUUUGCACGCGUUCCGGAUCAUGCCGUUCGUGGCGUAUGGACGGUAUCAAAUGUAAGAAUGACAUGUGCAACACCAGAAAGCGAACCUGAAGAGCAACGAAGAGAAGGAGGAGAACAAGAUGAAGAGCCAUACGAUGCAGAGUCCCCGCCUUCUGUAACUGUUCCAUCACAAUGGGGACAUGUAGAAGCACCGCAUGCAUAUAUGCAAAGCAAUCUCAAUGAAUACACAACAUACGCACCUUUUCAACGAAAUUAUCAAAUUGAUGGUAGAGAUAACUAUGAAGCUAUUCCUAUGCCGCCUACGGCAUUCGCACAAUCUUCUAAUCCAAUGCAGUAUCCUUGUGGAGCUCAAACCGAAUGGAUGCCACUUCAAGAUAUUCUCGUUCAAUAUCCUGACCUUUUCCGCAAUUUGCCACUUAAGCAAACAAUCUAA